UGAUGUAACCAUGUGCGCGCACCUUUAAGGUGAAUUUUGUGAGCAUCGACAAGUUGAUGUAGAAGCAGCUUUAUCAGUUAUGUUAUGUUUACUUUAUUUACUGUAAACAAUUUAAGACGUUAUUAAGAAAAUAAAUAGGUCUACAAGUAGAUAUUACAUUCAAAAGAUUAUGGACGUGAAGUACAAUAAGGGUAAAUACCUGAAACUCUUGAAGUUUCUAAAACGAAGAAAAUUAGCCGACCAUCUACGAGAGAAGAAAGGCAACUUGUCUCAUUCGCUUGUGGAAGAGGCACAAAGGGAUAUUAAUGUAAUAUUCUCUGAGUCUAGUGUCCAAAGGCUGAACACGAUAAUACAAAAGUAUUGGAAAAAAAUAUAUGAAGACGUAGAGAGUAAUGAACCAGAUAGCCGCAUUGUUACUAUCAGUAGGUGCAUUAUAGCUAAAAGAAAGGAAGAGACCUGUGAAGCGGUUACAAAUUACGUAAUUAAAACCAAAGACUCUAAUUUUAUGAAAGGGCACAUAAAAUCUAGACUAAUAAAAGCGGCUAUGCUAGAGCAACAUGGUAUUUCUAUUAUGUCGAAUAAUGAAUUAAAUGAUUGUCGUAUUCACAUUCAUGCAAACUAUAAAGAAAUUAAAAAGGCUGUAAUGAAUCAUUUACAAACAGACAGAAAUUCGGAAAUAGAUCACGAUUCCAAUUGGAGUGAAGUGUCAGAUAUUUAUGAAUCGCCAACUAAUUCACCCAUUGGCAAUGCUUCGAAGAAGCGAAGAAUUUCAAUAAAGGAGGAAAAUGAUUCUUCUGACGAUGAAGAAUCUGUCACGAUUAAAAAGGAAGCGAUUAGUACAGCUGAAUAUGAUGAACCUCUCGAAUCAGCCUCUAAUCUAAAGGAAUUAGUUAUACCAUUAGAGCGCGUCUACAUUCCACCCAAAAAAGACGUUUCAAAUGAUCAUGUGAAAAAAUUAUUUUCCCCAUGGUUUCGUAUGCUUUCAGAUGAGGAGCAUCUUCAGGAAAUAAAAAAAAAAUUCAUUUCUCAGUACCAGCAAAAGAAACGCAAAUUAAUUAGUGACUGUCAAAUGGCUGUUGAAGAAUUUAUAACUGAUUGUGAACAUGCUGUGGAUGAAUUAUUUGCCAACGUUCAUCGUAAUUAUCGAAGACAACCGAGUAUUAAAGCUUUGUGACCUAUCAAAUUUAAAAAUAUGUCUAUUUUUCAUGUGAUCAACGAAAAACAGAAAUAUCGAUUUUAAGAUAGCACAAGAGUUUACAGAAAUUUUACAUUACGACGGUACAUUAGAAAUCUUGAACUACAAUUAUUAUGUAUACUCAAAAAUAUUCUCAAUGUUAAUUUAUUAAUAGAACAAUAUUAUUAAUACAAUAAUUAUAUUAACAAUAUUAAUAUUAAAAAUACAUUGAGUAAAAUAUUUUUGAUGCACAUGUUUACAUAUGAUAAAAAUUACAUAGCAUUUCCAAUGUACCGUUAUAAAAUUUAUCUUUUAUUAUUUUUAUAUGUUCAAUUAAAAAAAGUAAUCAGAAUAAAUUUUAUCUUUCAUACAAA